ACAACACUCAUUCUAAAUCGACGCCUGGCUGACUGCAGACGGGCUCCUCGCACUCGAAUCGUAUCCAUAUAUAUCGCAUCGGUCGGUUAAUCCAGUGUCGAGCACCGCUCUAAUCAUUAAUUAAGUGUCUUAUAGUGUCUUGGGGAAAAUAGUAAACGCAACCGAAACGAGUUUCCAGCUGCCAGUCAAUAUGUUGUGGUCUCUGCAGCAGGCUCAUUUGUGAAAAAUAAAAAAUAGAGAAAAACUAAACCAGAGAUACAUUUUCACCUGCCACUGACUGGCAAUCAAGUGUAAUUAUCAUGGAAGCCUCUACCACACCUGUGCUGGACCUGCUGCUGCGGCCACAGAAUGGCACAUCCUCCACUGUCACCAAGGCUCUCUAUGCAAAUCGGAAUCGUUUGAUCUUCAGCACCAUUGUCAUGGGUCUGGGGGUGAUUGGUAAUUCGCUGGCUCUGAUUAUUUUGGCGCGCAAAAAGCACAACAAAAACAGCAAAUAUACGCUCAUGUUGCGAUGCCUGGCCACCAAUAAUCUGUUGGCUCUGCUGGGGAUGCUGACCACAUCGGUGCUGAAAUACAACCUUUCCGAGGAGGUCCAUCAGUCCUUUAUGCGGCUGGACUGCGUGGGUCAUGUGGUUUGGCGGUUCUUUGGUCUCAGUUCUGGCUGUAUAGCGGCUGUGAUGGCUGCCGAAAGGUGGAUGGCACUGGCAAGGCCCUUUAUUUACCACAAGCACAUCACCUACGAACUGAUACGUAAAAGCAUCAACAGCAUUCUGAUUGCAGCCGUAAUCAUCACAUUUCUGCCAUUUGUGGGCUUUGGAGCCUACAUAGACGAAUCCAAUCCGGAAGAGCUCAAGUGCAUACGUUAUCGCGAUGCCCAGGGUACAUGGAACAAGUCCUAUGCGGUGCUCUUUAUGAUAUUUGGCACUCUCCUUUGCAUCGUAAUCGUGGCCUGCAAUCUCUUUGUGGCCCAUACUUUGAUGUGCGUAAUUGGCAAAAGUCGCACGGCUAAGCGACACAUGACCUACGAUCUGGUGUCCAGAGACAAGUCCAGUGUACAGAUUGAUCCAGAGAGUAGCAGUGCCACUACUCUCUACCAGACGCAGCUUAGUUCUGGCAGUGGAGGCAGCGGUAGCCAUCGCGGCGCUUAUCCUAAUAGACAUUACAGGCAAAGCGUCAGCGUGACCAUGGCGGCCACAGAAUCCUCACCGGUGGAGAUUAAGUUUGCCAAGUUGAUGGCAUUCCUCAGCAUCUCCUUUGUCAUCUGCUGGAUGCCACAGAUGAUUGCCAUCCCUUUGGCCAUUGCCCCGAAUCGGGUGCCCUCUUCGAAUCGUUUCUUCCUCAUCGCCGAUGUCCUAACGGCCUUGCACUUCACCUCUGAUCCUUAUGUCUAUGUCCUGAGUCGCUCCAAGUCCAUUAACUGGUCCCUGCUGGGCUGCAUCAAGCGUUGGCGAAGUGGCUGGCGACCAGGUGGCCUAAGGCGCUCUCAGAGCGAUCAGAGCCGCAUGCGCACCACCAUGACGGAGGCCAAUACUCUGGACUUUAACUGACGAGUCCCUCCGUUCCGCUCGAUCCUCAAGCUACAGCACCCAAGUACUUAACCGCAGGGCAGAUCCUCUCUAGAGGGAGAGGAGCGCCUCCUAGUCUCCUAAGCUGUAUAUAAUAUAACCUAUUUUGUAUUACCAUAUCAAGCUUUCCCCCAACCAUGCUCAGCUCACAUAAUCUCAGAAUCCAAGAUGGGAUUUUUAGAAAUAAAUAUAUCAUAUAUAUCUGCAUAUUUGUGUAUGUAAAAUAAAAAGUG